AUGUCUGCGGCAGUCGAGUCUACGACUCCAGCCACGGCUGCCGCUGCGGCUGCGACAAGUCCACCAGUCACCAUGGCCGCCGAUGCACGAGGUCCCUCAAAUCCCACUGCGCCUGUCACUCGAAAGUUCAAGGCAUCCGACCUUCCUCUUCCCUCGGCGACACGUACCGCAAUCGAAAACCUUGCACACAGCUUCAAAAAGAAGGGUGGCUACGACGCAAUCCGCAAGCAGGUGUGGGAGAAAUUCGAGGCUAGCGAUUACGAAGCUCAAGUAACAAAGGCAAUUCUCGAAGUUGCCGAGCAAGAAGUUGAGCGUAACCCGACACAGCUUCUAACUCUCGAACGCGGGAAAGCGGCCGCCCUUAUUGAUGGCGCCCUAGACCGCGGCGGCGUUUACCAGAAAGCGGAGGAGGUUAUCAGCGCACUGAUUGACAGCGCUGCUAUCGAGGCCCAUAUUCGAGAACUUCGACGCGCUGAGAUUGGCGAGCAAGCAGCCGAGGAAGAGCGAAUGCGUGGUGCCAAGACCGACGAGCAGUACGCCGCUGACACGGCAGCCCGCCGUGCCGAGCGAGAGCGUGUCCGUGCCGAGCUCAAAGCUGUUGAGGAGAAGAAACGACAACUCGAGCGGGAAAUCAAGGAGAGGGAGGAGAUGAAAAGGCGCGAGGCGGAGCGAGCCGCCCGCGAAGAACGUAGAAAGAAAGAGCGAGAGGAAUUUGAGCGGAGAGAAAAAGAACGUCGGGAGCGGCGAGAAAAGGAAAGGGAGCAGGAGAAGGAACGUGACAAGGAGCGAGACCGGGAGCGCGAGAAGGAGAGGGACAGGGACAGGGACAGAAGCCGUGAUAGAGAUCGGGACCGGGAGCGAGAGCGAGAACGGGAGCGCGAUCGCGAUCGAGACCACCACCGCGAUCGAUUCCGUGAACGUGGUUACGACAGCUACCGAGGUAGUCCCAGGGAUCGGUCUAGAGGCCGGGACAGAGAUAUCGGCCGGGAGAGGGACCGGGAUAUGGAACGGGUCCAAGAUCGUCGUGACAGCCGUGAUGGCAAGUCGAAGGCUGCUGCGACUGAAGGACGCGCGGAGGAAUUGAAAAUUGCGGAGGAAGUGAAAAAAGAGCUUACUAAGGAAGACCACGAGCGUCUCGAGCAAGAAGCACUGGCUGAUCUGCUACGGGAGAGCAAGCGUGUUGCCACGAAGGAACCUGAAUUGGAAGUCGAUGAAGCUUUGGUGCCACCACCGCGGAAGGCCAAGCCCGCAUCCGCAAUCGAUCCGAUACGCAGGGGCUCACCAAAAGUUUCUGAGCACAAGAAGCCGGUUGAAACCAACAAAGAUUCCAAAGAAGAGAAGAUUCCUACCGCUCCUAAGGAUCCCGAGCCGAAGACUGAACGGCAAAAGACGUCGGGAUAUCCGCUCACGUUCCCCACGGCCUCGAUACGAACGGAGCCGGUCCCGCAGAAGGAGCCGGUCCAGAUUGCGAGAUAG